AUGUCCCUCCUGCCUGUGCUGAUAGUUUUUCUCGCAUUGCUGUCCCUUGCAGCUUCAACCUCCGUUCCGUCGACCUCCUCCAUAGACAGUGAUAUUACACUGCUCUAUUACAAUGAUGUUGACGUAUAUACCACCUCAAAGCACCAGAGCGUCUUACUUCUAUCUGCGAAAUCGCAGCCGGAGGCAACGACAGCUUGCGCCAGUUUGGGAGAGUCUUUCCUUUCUGUCAACCAGACGUUCUUCACCACCGAACUGGCGACUCUACUUCAGUAUCAGACGUACGAGGGACGGUAUGGCGAAACUCAGCUGUAUUGGGUUGCGUCGAAUGGCGAUGCUUGCCAGGCUGUGGACGUCGCAGGGCAGGUGGCAGCUGUAUCAUGCAAUAUGGAGCUGCCCACGCUCUGCACGCAGAGUUCAGCAUAUGGGGCUUCUGCGGAUUCUAGCAACAGCCUUAUAGUGUACGCUGACGAUCUCAUGGUCACUGGCUAUCGCGACCAACGUUCCUUUCGAUUUGAAGGCGUUCCUUACGUGGACCCUUUUGAACGCUUCACUUACUCAACAGCAUACACUGGAUCGAAGAUCCUCAAUGCUACCUCAUUCGGAUCAAUGUGCAUACAGACGGGGCUUCCGUCAGGCAGCGAGAACUGUCUCUUCCUCAACAUCUGGACGCCAUACAUACCGUUGAAUGGAUCCACUGCAUCCUCGAACAGCUUGAAGCCCGUGAUGUUCUGGAUCCAUGGAGGAGCGUACACCAGCGGGAGUGGCUCCGAUUCCAUCUUCUAUGGAAGCAACAUGGCAUCCCGAGGAGAUAUCGUGGUGGUGACGAUCAACUACCGCUUAUCCACGCUCGGCUUCCUCGCCCUCGACGACGGGGUGACGAACGGCAACUUCGGACUGGCGGACCAGAUUGCCGCGCUCGAUUGGGUUCAGACGUACAUCAGUGCCUUCGGUGGAGAUCCCACUCGAAUCACGAUCGCAGGCCAGUCUGCCGGUGCGUCGUCUGUGCGGGCGCUGCUCGGGUCCCCGCCUGCGAUAGGCAAGUAUGCUGCGGUUAUCUCGAUGAGCAAUCUGGCUGGUUCCAACUACGCUACGACCUACUCCGAGUAUAUGACGAUCCCGGAGGAAGUUGCCAUUGUCGUUGAUCCUCUGUUGGCGGAAGCUGGCUGCAACUCGUCCGAUGCACUCUCGUGUUUGAGGGCCGUGGAUGCUUACGAUCUUGUCACGAUGACAAAUGUAGCUAGAUUUGUUGUGGUCGACGGCACAUACGUGACUUCACAGGAGCUGCCUUUGAAUGGGUCUGGCACUGUUGCCAAUGUCCACACAAUGUGGGGCUACAUGAGGGAUGACGGCGCUGCGUUCAUCGGUUAUCCGACCAGUGACAAUCUCACCACCGCUCUCAGCUCACAGGACCUCCCAACCAAUGUCGUUGGCAAUUCUCUGUUUUCUGUCCCCACAGGUCCGAACGCCACACUGGAUGUAUAUAAUGUCACCGCGCGUGUGUCGAGCGACACCAUGUUCCGUUGUUUGGACCAGGCGACUGCAUAUUCCGCCAUUGAGCACGACCUGUUCCAGAGCGUAUGGUUCUAUCAGUUCAAUCGGAGUUAUCAGAUCACGGCGUUCGAUCCGAAUUGGCCUGUGUGCGAUGCCCCUGUGACUGCGUCGCAUCCAUAUGGUGAUCCGUCUCAAGAAUACUUCAAAUGUCACUGCGGCGAGCUAUACUACGUCUUCGGCACCCUUCCGAACACACUUCCCUACCGUGACGAUCAGGAUUUGCCGUUCAUGCAGCAAAUGGUGGACGUGUGGACCUCGUUCGUGCGGACCUACGACCCGAAUCCAGACAAAGCGUUCCUAUCGGCCCGCGGCUACAACACUACGCUCGCGAUGUUCGAGCAGGAGAGCGCAUGGGAGGCGGUCUCGUCUCAGACGCUGACGAACGCGCCGUUGAGAACACUCCAAUGGCAGAGCUUCAUGGGUGCGUUUGCUGAACAGGAGCAGUGUGAGUUCCUGGGUUAUCCGUUGGACUACUAUGGAUAA